UCACUGGGUUCAAUUGAUAAAAAUCAUGUAUUUAGAUAUUUAUAUUACUAAAACAUUACUGUGCCUAUUAUAUGCGUUUGCAGUAGUUCAAACUGAUGAAAGAGAUUCAAUAUGCACAAGUUCUAAUGGGGGCUUGUGUACAGAAAAUCAUAAUAAAUACAGCAAAGAAGUUAAUGAAUGGCAUUCAAGAAUAAAUACUCUUAUUAACACUGCGUUAGAUGAGUAUAAACCUUGUGUGGCUAAGAACUGUAGUUGUCACAAGGAUGUUUUGAACAAUGACUUGCUUCCAUUUAAAAGUGGAAUUACGAAAGAAAUGGUUACACAGGCUCUAUCUAAAGGCACAAAGUACCAGAUAAUUGAUGGUAAAUUAUACCGUCAGAAAGAUUGCCACUUCCCUGCAAGGUGUGCUGGUAUUGAACAUUACUUAAAAUCCUUGUCGCCCAAACUACCUAACAUGGAACUAGCAAUUAAUACAAGAGACUGGCCACAAGUUAACAGAGAAUGGGGCCAUAAGGCAGCACCUGUAUUCUCAUUCAGUAAGACCAAGGAAUAUUAUGACAUCAUGUAUCCUACAUGGAGCUUCUGGGAAGGAGGUCCAGCAAUAGCGCUCUACCCUACAGGCAUUGGUAGAUGGGAUCAACACAGAUUAUCAAUUUCAAAAGCUGCUGACAAGUGGCCCUGGAACAAAAAAGAAGAAAAAGGAUUUUUCAGAGGAUCAAGGACUAGUGAAGAGAGGGAUGCUUUGAUUUUAUUGUCAAGAUCAAAUCCGGAAAUUGUGGAUGCUCAAUAUACAAAGAAUCAAGCUUGGAAGUCUGAUUCAGAUACGCUUUAUGCCAAUCCAGCAAAAGAAGUAACAUUUGAAGAUCAUUGUAAAUAUAAAUACUUAUUUAACUAUAGAGGAGUGGCAGCAAGUUUUCGGUUAAAACAUUUAUUUUUAUGUAAGUCAUUAGUUUUUCAUGUUGGUGAAGACUGGUUAGAAUUCUUUUACCCAUCUUUAAAACCAUGGGUGCAUUAUGUUCCCCUAAGUCCAAAGGCAAGUCAACAAGAAAUAAUGAAGUACAUAAACUAUUUUAAGGAACAUGAUUCGUUAGCUAAAGAAAUAGCUGAUAGAGGUUUUCAGCACAUUUGGGAUCAUCUUACAGAUAAGGAUGUUGAAUGUUAUUGGAGAAAAUUGCUGAAAAAAUAUGCUAAACUUUUAAAGUAUGAUGUUGUUAGAGAUAUUGAGGCUAAGAAAAUAUAACUGGAUCUGGUUUGAAGAAAUAA